AUGAUUGUGAAUACAGGGACUCGACCAAAUCCGACCGAGAUCGACCGAGUUGAUGCGCGAGUUGAUUACGAUAUUGGAGUUGGAGUUCCUCUUGGACUGCUUAUUAUUUCCCUGGUCGUUGACAUUGUCGCCGCAGUCUACUGUUUCGCUCAAUGUGGUUUCAAGAAGGUGUUUUAUUGGGCUAAAAUGAGCUCAAUCAUCACUGUCCAAGUCUACCUGCAUCUCUGCGCUCUGUUGACAUUCGCCGCGUAUAUCCAGCAAACCCUGCGACUGGCUGAGUAUCCAUUUGGCGCAGAAAAUUUGGGUUUUGGAUUUUGGGCGAUCAUGAUUUCUUUUUUGCUGCGAUGCUUGAUUUGGUUCAUGGUUUCUUGUUGCCCAGCAGGUUGUCGACCAUGCUUGACGAUUAAUGGAGAUAAGUUGGAGGAACUUCAAGCUGAAGCAAUUUUGAACCUAGUCAAAGGAGCAGACGACGAUGCAACGACUAUCAAUGAUGAUGUCAACAGUCUCUAG